ACAUGUCUCUUUUUGAAUUAUGGUUUUCUCAGGGUAUAUGCCCAGUAGUGGGAUUGCUGAGUCAUAUGGUAGUUCUGUUUUUAGUUUUUUAAGGAAACUCCAUACUGUUCUCCAUAGUGGUUGUAUCAAUUUACAUUCCCACAGUAGUUCUGUUAAUAGUGUGAUAAUGGGACUGGAAUUUAUAGCCACUUUCUGCCCCUAUUAUGAGAUAUGCUUUUUUUUUCCCCAGAAGAUUAGAGGGAGAGUCCUUUACUGACCUAAUAACCUCACAGUACAUCUUUAGAUGAGACCAGUUGUAGGGAAUAUAUAAAUAAUAAUUAAUUGCCUUAACUCUUUUACCUUAUACCCUAUCAUUUUGUGCUCCCUGAUGGGUUUCUUUUUUCAGGUGGACAAUGUGAUAGUUCUGUUGUAGAGAGAUUUUUUGAUGUGCUCUAUAAGGGCUUAUGGAAUAAUAUAUUCUGGGCCAAAAACUAAAUCUAUCUUACUUACGUCAUACAAACUGAUGUCUGUGUGACGAUAGUUCACAUGGAAACAAAAUAUUAACGUAAAUGUCUCCUAACAGAAAUUCUUAGAAACUCCCAUUGUUUAUGGAAGAUGUUACUUAGUAAAAAAUUAGUCUUUUAUAUUCAAAAAUAAAUUUUCAGUUGUAUGUCUAAACAACUAGUAAAAAAAUAUUUGCAAUUAAACUACCAUUUGCCGCAUAGGAUUUUAUAAUCAGUGCAAACUGGAAAACUUGCUCCUUCACAUUUUUUUCUACCACUUUACAGUCAUAUUCAGAUUUUGUUACAUAUCAGAAUCUCAACUGUUCUCACAGCUUGGUCCAUGCAAUAUUUUGUUAUCCUCAGUUAAAUAUGAGAGUAUGUUCUUUCAGGGAUUUAUUAACAAUUUAGCCCUUUUCAGGUUUAAAUCCAGAAACAAUAUCCUAUUGCACAAUUUGGGGGGAUAAAAAUACUAGAGUAAACAAAUAUUUUGAGGGUCUACUAUGUGCAAGAAGACAAACAAAACAAAAACUUGUAGAAGUAUAAGUGUAGGGCUAUGUCUUACAAACAAUGAUGUCCUUCAAAGCGUUUACAAAUGCUUUUAAAGAGGUGGGACAUAUACAUAUGUAAUUCAUAAUUCCCAAGUAAAAUUCAUAAAGCAUAUUAGUAAUCAGCAUAAACAAAAAGUACUUAAGUCAAGGAAGGACUAGAUGACCAUAUAGUAUUGUACUGUGUACUCAGUCAAUUGAUUAAUUGUCAUAUAAGAGAAGCUUUAUGAAAGAGGUAGAUUGUGAUCUAUACCUUAAGGGGUGGACAGGACUUGGAAAAAUGGAAAGGACUUGAUAGAGCUUCCCAGAUGAAGGGAAUAAUGUGAGCCACGAUGGGGGUGAGCACAGCGUAUUCUCGAGAUAGUGAUGAUGUGGCUGGCCUGAUGAAGUUAAGGGUUUAAACUGGGGAGUAGUGGAAUCAAGCUUUGUAAGUAGGAUUUGGCCAAUUUAUGGACGGGUUUGAAAGCUAAUCAAUGGAAUUUGAAUUUCUUCCAGGUACCUCUUAGGAGCAAGUAAAGGGAAGUGAUGUCAAGAAAAUGCUGUUUGGGGAGGAUGAAAGCCAUGGCUCUAAAAGGACAAGAAGAUUAUAUUUACCUUUUCAAGGAUUCGACACAUCCAGUGGAUUUUCUGGAUGCAUUCAAAACAUUUUACUUGGAUGGAUUAUUUACUGAUAUUACCCUUCAGUGUCCUUCAGGCAUAAUCUUCCAUUGUCACCGAGCUGUUUUAGCUGCUUGCAGCAAUUAUUUUAAAGCAAUGUUCACAGCUGACAUGAAAGAAAAAUUUAAAAAUAAAAUUAAAAUCUCUGGCAUCCAACAUGAUAUCUUGGAAGGCCUUGUAAAUUAUGCAUACACGUCCCAAAUUGAGAUAACUAAAAGAAAUGUUCAAAGCCUGCUUGAAGCAGCAGAUCUGCUACAAUUUCUUUCAGUAAAGAAAGCAUGUGAGCAGUUUUUGGUAAGGCACUUGGAUAUUGAUAAUUGUAUUGGAAUGCACUCCUUUGCAGAAUUUCACGUGUGUCCAGAACUAGAGAAGGAAUCUCGAAGAAUUCUAUGCUCAAGGUUUAAGGAAGUAUGGCAACAAGAAGAAUUUCUGGAAAUAAGCCUUGAAAAGUUUCUCUUUAUCUUGUCCAGAAAGAAUCUCAGUGUUUGGAAAGAAGAAGCUGUCAUAGAGCCAGUUAUCAAGUGGACUGCUCAUGAUGUAGAAAAUCGAAUUGAGUGCCUGUAUAAUCUACUAAGCUAUAUCAACAUAGAUAUAGAUCCAGUGUAUUUAAAAACAGCUUUGGGCCUUCAAAGAAGCUGCCUGUUAACCGAAAAUAAGAUCCGAUCUCUCAUAUACAAUGCUUUGAAUCCCAUGCAUAAAGAGAUUUCUCAGAGGUCCACAGCCACAAUGUAUAUCAUUGGAGGCUAUUACUGGCAUCCUUUAUCAGAGGUGCACGUAUGGGAUCCUUUGACAAAUGUUUGGAUCCAGGGAGCAGAAAUACCAGAUUACACUAGGGAGAGCUAUGGUGUUACAUGUUUGGGACCCAAUAUUUAUGUAACUGGAGGUUACAGAACGGAUAACAUAGAAGCUCUUGACACAGUGUGGAUCUAUAACAGUGAAAGUGAUGAAUGGACAGAAGGUUUGCCAAUGCUCAAUGCCAGGUAUUACCACUGUGCAGUCACCUUGGGUGGCUGUGUCUAUGCUUUAGGUGGUUACAGAAAAGGGGCUCCAGCAGAAGAGGCCGAGUUCUAUGAUCCAUUAAAAGAGAAAUGGAUUCCUAUUGCAAACAUGAUUAAAGGCGUGGGAAAUGCUACUGCCUGUGUCUUACAUGAAGUUAUCUACGUCAUUGGCGGCCACUGCGGAUACAGAGGAAGCUGCACCUAUGACAAGGUCCAGAGCUACAAUUCAGAUAUCAAUGAAUGGAGCCUCAUCACCUCCAGUCCACAUCCAGAAUAUGGAUUGUGUUCAGUUCCAUUUGAAAAUAAGCUCUAUCUAGUUGGUGGACAAACUACAAUCACAGAAUGCUAUGACCCUGAACAGAAUGAAUGGAGAGAGAUCGCUCCCAUGAUGGAAAGGAGGAUGGAGUGUGGUGCCGUCAUCAUGAAUGGAUGUAUUUAUGUCACUGGGGGGUAUUCCUACUCAAAGGGGACAUAUCUUCAGAGCAUUGAGAAAUAUGAUCCAGAUCUUAAUAAGUGGGAAAUCGUGGGUAAUCUUCCAAGUGCCAUGCGGUCCCACGGGUGUGUUUGUGUGUAUAAUGUUUGAUUAAGUCCAUAGAGAUGACCAAGUAAUCACUGUUUCAGGGUGUAGUGAAAAAGAAUGUAGGGUUUUUGGAGUGUCUUACUUGUUAUUGUGGCCUGGCACACGUUAGGUAAAUUCUCAUGCCUAACCCCCACUCUACACCCCAACCCUGUGAUUAAUGGUCAAGAAACAUCUUAUGUAUAUUUACAGUUGAAUCAGUGGGGUUACUACCUUUAAUCUCUGCUCAUCAGAGGUGAUCUGGAACACUGGACACUUGGUAAAAGGUGAAACGUCUUUGCAGUGAAUUUUUAUCUCCUGGUAGCAUCAACACUGGGUGUAGGUCAAAAUCAUUCUGUGGAGUGAAAUAUUUCUUAUGACAGUGUAAUAGUGUACAUUAAUGUAAUGUAAUAGUGUACAUUAAAGUUCCAUUUAGCUAACAAGGAAUUUGAAAUAUAAAGAGGGAAUAUUCUCUACCUCUACAAAAUCAAUGCUUAAAAAUUUUUUUUUACCUUUAGAAUUAUUUAGAAUGGACUUAAGUCUAGCGUUUUUCCUUUGUAGUGUAUAUUAUUUAUAGUUAUGAUUCUUUAUUUACUGACUACCAGAGAUAUACAAGAUGUUGUGCAAAAGAGUAUUACUAUUCAGAGUUUACAAACUAAAUUUAAAAGAAUGGAAAAUCUGAAAAAUUGCAGAGGAAAGAGUUGAAUAUUUGUUGAUCCUAAGAGCUAUUUUUAACUUUCAGCUUUGAUAUAAAUUGCUAGUUUAGGUGUCUUUAAGCAUAUCAGAAAAUCCUCUUUAUUCAUAAGUAUAGGUACUUGUCUGCAUGUGAAAUUGAAAUUUAGAGCCAGAAAGCAUGUAGAACAUUGUGAUACAGUAGAAAAUACAUUGAUGAGAAGAAAUUUGAAUUCAGUUUCCACUAACUAGAUUUUGUGACUUGGAUUGAGUCACCUAACCUCAGUUAGAACUUCCCUUCCCAUGUACACUGGCUCUUUGGGUGACAGAUGUGCCUAGAUAUGGAUCCCCACAGCUCUUAGAGUAGCCAGAGGUGGCCUGGGUAGCUGAAGCUUCAGGGCCAGAAACAUCUUUGUUCAUUUUCUCCAGUGUGCCUACCAUAUCACUUUCCAUGUGUGCCGUAACUUGACAAAAGUUAAGAAGCGUAGCUUAAGUUAACUCAGCUAAACUUUUAGUAAUCUGUUAGAUCAUCUACCCACACUCUUCAUUUUUUAAGAGACAAUAAUUAUUUUUAACUUUUAAGUAUGUAAGUGUAAAACUACCUAAUUUUUAUGAGUUAUUUUUAAAUUUUAGAAAGAACCUGUUUAAUACAUUCGUUUAAGAAGGCAUUUUAAACAGAUACAACCCUUUGGGAACACAAUAUAGCACUACAUAGAAAGCCAUAAAAAUGACCAUAUUUUUUCCUCAUAAAUUCUACUCCUUGAUUUGUAACCUAAAGAAUAACAUACAAACAAAACAAACAAACAAAAAGGUAAAUGCAUGAGGUUGUUUAUGUCUGCAUUAUUUACAAUAGCGAAAAAUUGGAAAUAAUCUAAAUGGCAAAGAAGAAAGUGGGCUAAUAAAAAGAGUGAAGCCUUAUACUGCCAUUAAAAAAAAUUGUUUGGAAGACUGUAGAAACAUGGGCAUGUCUGUGAUAUGGUAAGUAAAAUAAGCACAAUAUAAAAUGGUAUGAACACUAUCAUUGUGUCUGUAAAAUCUUUAUGCAUGUGGAAAGUAAUAUACAGAAGUGAAAUUCAUUGUGUUAGUGUAGGGGGUUAUGGAAUGAUUUUUAAAUUAUUUAAAUGUUUUCCUUUAAUAUUACUUUGUAUUUUCAAUAAAAAUAAAUAAAUCAUUGCAUACGUGGUAAAGCUGCUUGAAUUUGGGCCAGUUGAAUUGAAGAACAAUUGAGUUUCUGAAUUAGUGAAGCAACUGAAUUACACAGUAUUUCAGUCUGUACUUGAAUUACAGAAUAUUUUAUUGCUCUCAAGAACAUUUGCAUUUAAUGCUGAACCAGUAAUAUGUUAUCCAGUAGGGCUUUAGAGAUCUCUUUUAUGAAUGAAUGAGAACAAUUGGAAUCACUUUUGCCUCCUUUCUGCUUAUCUAGGUCCUAUAAAGUCCAGCCUCUGGAAAUUCUUUCCUGACUGUUUCAGCCACAGUAAAACUUUCAUUGUCACAUUUAAAGAAUUUAACAUUUAUAUAUGCAUGUUACGUCUCUUGGCUAAUUUUGAGAUCAUGGAUCCCAUCUUAUUCUUAAGGAUCUUGAAAAUAGUUUGUGAUCUCAGGCAUUUAAUUUCCAGCUCCUAUUUUCUAUAAAAUUCUUUUUUUGUUCUUGAUAUAUACACGCAAGAAAGAAUUAAGAAAGGUAAACAUUUCGGUCAGAAUUAUUCCAAGUUCCAAAUCACUGUUGUAUGAAUGAAAAAUAUUUUACUAUAAUUAAAUGCAGGCCAUUGCUUUGGGAGGGCAAACACUAUUUUACAAAAUAAUUAAAGUUGUGGAGAUGAUUUUAAGUAUGACUUAAUUAAGAGGACUCUAAGUGUCCACAUUUUGAAAGUUGCUGUUUCUCAGAAGUCUUAUUUUUAGUUUUUAGCUACAACUGAAAUAGGAUCAAUAUCUAGGGUACUUGCUUAAAGGCACAUUACCCUUUAUUUUCAUAUGCAUAGAAAAAAGUUUUAGGUCUCUUAAUCUAUAAGUUCCCCAUCCAUCUUUUCUUUUUUUAACUCCUUGCAAUUUAAUUGUUGAAGAAGCUACAUCAUUCAUUCUGCUUUCCCAGAGUUGAGAUUUUACUGAUUGUGUUCCUAUUGUGUAGUUUAGCACGUUCCUCUGUCCCCUGUGUUUCCUAUAAGUUGGUAGUUAGAUCCAGAAGCUUAAUCAGAUUCAGGUUUGAUUUUUUUUUUUUUUGGUCAAAAUUACUUCACAGGUGGUGGUGUGUUCAUUCAUCAAAAGACAUAAUUGUCUCUUUCUGAUGUUGGCAGCCAUAGAUGCUCAACACCCAGAUCCUUAAUUCACUAGGGAUUGCAAAAUGGUGAUUUCCAAUGCUCUCUCUUCUUGGUGGAUUUGUUGAAAUACCUCUAUAAAGAAAAACCUUCCUUCACUUACUAGUUGUUUACCCAGAGUUAUAGUUUGUAUAGGAAAGGUAGAAGAAGUGCUUGAUUCCUAACUUUAUGUACCAGUUUGCAAAAUGAAUAGUUGUUAGCAUCCUUCAAAGGUGAUUUAUUAGAUUUAUUGUUUUUUAUUUUUAAAAAUAUUUAUUUAUUUUUGGCCGUGUUGGGUCUUUGUUGCUGCACACGGGCUUUCUCUAGUUGGGGCGAGCAGGGGCUACUCUUCAUUGCGGUGCGCGGGCUUCUCACUGCAGUGGCUUCUCUUGUUGCAGAGCACGGGCUCUAGAUGCACGGGCUUCGAUAGUUGUGGCUCAUGGGCUCAGCAGUCGUGGCUCGCGGGCUCUAGAGCGCAGGCUCAAUAGUUGUGGCGCACGGGCUUAGUUGCUCCAAGACAUGUGGGAUCUUCCUGGACCAGGGCUCGAACCCGUGUCCCCUGCAUUGGCAGGCGGAUUCUUAACCACUGCGCCACCAGGGAAGUUUCUUUUUGUUUCUUUUAAAUUGUUUUGAACUCAUGGAUUUAAAUGUACUUGGCGUCUUUCAGUCCAUUGCAGUUACUCUUACUGAUGCUCCGUUUAUCAUCUUGAACCAGUGAAAGGCUCUGCAGAGUGCUUCCCAGAGUUGUUCCCUUUUGGCACAGCUCCAGUAGUUUUUGAUAGCUUCUUUGCUGUCUGGUAUGACCAGAUACUCCUGGCUCAUCUUGUGCAUUUCCCGCCUCAAACCUGGAAUCAGCCAUUUCUCCAAGCAGCCCUGAUUUCUUUUAGGGAAAAAUGGUAUUUCAAGACCAUCGUCUGGAUGCUAGGGAUGCUUACUGCUACUAGAUUGUUUCUUGUUUCUAGGCAUAAAAUUAAAAUACAUAACAAUAAAAAUACUAAAGACAGAAGAGGGAUAAUUAGAGUUAAAUUUUUCUAAGGUCCUAGUGUCGUCAGGAAGUGGUAAAAGCACCACAGGGUAUUCACCUAAUCUCUUCUAUCCCAACAUCUGUAGCCCCUUUUCCCACAGAAAGUAUUCUGGUUCUCAGAGUUACCUAGGAAAAUAAAAUUAAGAAAUCACUUUGUAACAUUUGUUUUAUUCCACAUCUCUCUCUCCAUUUUUCUCUCUUUUCCUCUCUCUCCCUCUCUGUCUGUCUCUCUCUCUAUCUCUCCCCAACACACAC